GGCACCUAUGUACUGUUGUGUGAGGCGUCCUGCAGCAGCCGGAGGAGCAGGGGACGGGUGGAAAGAGAAGCCGUGUCACCUGACGGCAGCCGGCCGGCUAACUGGGGACACUUCUGGGUGGGGACGGCCGGGGGCUCGGUUCCCUGUCCCCAGGCCGCACAACGUAAACUCACCGUUUCACACACGGGCCUGUGCGGCUCAGAUUAAGGGGAGGUCCUAUCUGACAGACGCCUUCCAACCACACCCUCGAGGAAACCCAAACAGGAACGAUGCGAAGAGUGAGUCGGCAGCCCUUCGAGGAGGGCCCGCUGCUGGAGGAGCAGGAGACGGAGGGCCAGCGGCAGCUGCACAGCCUCCUGCUGCAGCAGCUCCACACAGACGCCAACAUCGACCGAUGUGUUGCCAAGAAGCAGUGCUUCGCCCCGGCAUCCCUCUACCGGCCGUUCGGGGCACAAGCAGCAGGAGUGAGGAGCCUUUCCCAGUUCCGAGCCCUUCAGGACGGGGAGAGGGAGCUGGCCUGCCUGCGGGAGCGGGGCCUGACUGACAGCGAGAUCCAGCUGUGGCAGAGCAGAGACGCUCUGGAGGCAGCUCAAAAGUCCAUGCGAGCGGCUCCGGAUGCAAAGCAGCAGCGACUGCAGGUGAUCAGGGACAAGAUGGAGGCCCGGGCAGAGCUGCUGGCCCGCCCACAGCGCUUCGCCGCCAGCCGCCCGCUCUCACGCCGCGAGAUGGAGAUUGAACAGGCGCUGUAUCAGGGGACAGAGCGGCCCGGUUUCCUGUCCGCGCUUUACCAUCGAGAAGAUGAAAGUAGCCAGGAUGACCAGAAGGGGGCGCUGUCCUCCGACCCUUUGGACUCCCUCUACACAGACGUUCUCAGCAGUGAGAAACACGCUUCACGUCACAGCUCAGGGAGGGGGCCAGCAGAGGCUCCACACGAGCCUCCACUCACGUCUGGGUUUGGGAAAAACUCACAGGAAGAGAACAGUCGGUGUAAGGGUGCCCCUGAGGGUCAAACCGGCUGGGCUGAGGAGCAGCCUGCAGUCUGCGCCUCGCAGUCAGCCUCACACACCUCGCUGCAGAAGCCCACCCAGGACCGCCCCACGCCACCGGGACCCUCGUCACCAGGACCCGCUUCACCAGGACCCGGACCACCAGGACCCACGUCACCGGGACCCGGACCACCAGGACCCGCCGGCCCGCUCCAGCUGGACGUGCGGCGGCCCAUCCGGAGCCUGUGUGGAGCGGCGGGGAGGGCAGGCGGGCCGCUGGCGCUGAGAGGGGAGGUCCGCACAGUCACCGAUGAAGAAAUCCUGAGGAACCGGGAGUCUGAGGAGGGCAUCCGGAACAUUCCCAGGUUCCAAAACUACCAGCCAGGAAAGCCCUCAAAGGUUCUGUGUGUGAAGAACUUGAGUACACAAGCAUCAGUCGCCCAACUGGUGGAGCUGUUCUCCAGGUUUGAGAGGAAAGGCGGGCCUCCGGUUCUCUACCGCCUGCUCACAGGAAGGAUGAAGGGUCAGGCCUUUAUCACGCUGCCAGACACUGAAAUGGCCCAGAAUGCCUUAGGGCUGGUACACGGAUACCGGUUGCUGGGGAAACCUUUGGUGUUGGAGUUCGGUCGGGAACGACAGGAAGAGAAAAAGCUGGAAGAAAGAGAGAAGGAUGAAUAAAACAGAAGUAUUUGUUGUCAAUAGCAUGUUAUUUAAAUAAAAAAAAUUGAGA